UAAACAGCUCAGCAACGGGCCGGCAAAUCUUGUCAACCGCAGUUAAACAUGAACCAGGGUUGACAACCUUGAAUUAAAAUUUCCUUUUCGCAGGGACAAAAUACAGAAGUCCAGCAAGGAUAAUAAUAAUCAUUCGUAAAUUCCCAGCUCUUUACAGCGAUCAGACCGGGGUUCGAAUUCCGCGAGCAAGAAAAACCAAAAAUAUCAGAAGAAAUUUCGGAAAAUAUCCGAAGUCGACAUGUUUUUGUCUUGAAGAUUAAAUUUUCACGCGCAGCAUGAAUGUGUGAUGCCGUUCGGCUUAGCGCAAAUGUGGAAAAGCUUGAUUGCUCUGAAUUUGAUGAAAUUUGGGAUUAAAACAGGGCAUUGAGGUUUUAAAGCUUAUAUUUUUACGCGUAGUCGUGAAAACGCGAUGCAGUUCGGCUUAAAGCAGAGUGGAAGAGUAUUAUUGCACUGAAUUUGUUGAAAUUUGAGGUUGAGAAGCAGUCAUGGAGGUGGAUUCGAACGUUGUCAGUGAAGUUGUUAAGGAAGAGGAGGAAGCUCCUCCUGUUGCAGCUAGGCCUAGGCUGGCUCCAUCAUACAGAGUAGUUGAUGCGAUUAUAGAGAAUAAAGAUGAUGGACCUGGCCCUAGGUGUGGUCAUACUUUGACGGCGGUUGCAGCGGUGGGAGACGAGGGGACGCCUGGUUAUAUUGGUCCUAGAUUGAUUUUGUUCGGCGGUGCGACCGCGCUUGAAGGGAAUUCGGCUGUUGCUGCGGCUGCUUCUCCCCCACCUUCGCCUGGUGGAAAUCCAGGAAUCAGGUUAGCAGGGGCAACAGCUGAUGUUCACUGCUAUGAUGUCUUGGCAAACAAAUGGACAAGGCUUCAUCCAUUAGGUGAACCACCAUCACCUCGUGCUGCACAUGUUGCAACUGCUGUGGGUGCAAUGGUUGUGAUUCAGGGUGGAAUUGGUCCACUGGGACUUUCAUCAGAAGAUCUGCAUGUUCUUGAUCUUACUCAACAAAGGCCACGUUGGCACAGGGUGGUUGUGCAAGGACCUGGUCCUGGACCUCGUUAUGGUCAUGUCAUGGCUUUUGUGGGACAAAGGUUUUUGUUAUCUAUUGGUGGAAAUGAUGGUAAGCGACCUUUGGUCGACGUUUGGGUUCUAGAUACAUCAGCCAAGAGGCCUUAUGAGUGGCAAAAAUUGGAGCCAGAAGGGAAUGGACCACCUCCUUGCAUGUAUGCAACUGCUAGUGCACGUUCGGAUGGUUUGCUCUUACUUUGUGGAGGGAGGGAUGCAAGCAAUGUGCCUUUGGCUGGUGCUUAUGGUCUGGCAAAGCACAGAGAUGGGCGUUGGGAAUGGGCAAUUGCACUUGGUGAAUCUCCAUCUCCUAGAUAUCAACAUGCUGCAGUUUUUGUCAAUGCAAGGCUGCAUGUUUCUGGUGGAGCUCUUGGAGGUGGUCGUAUGGUAGAAGAUGCUUCUAGUGUUGCAGUCUUGGAUACUGCAGCUGGAGUUUGGUGUGAUAGGAAAUCAGUGGUGACAACUGCUCGGACAGGAAGAUACAGUGCAGAUGUUGCUGGUGGGGAAGCAGAACUUACAAGGCGCUGCCGUCAUGCUGCUGCAGCUGUAGGUGAACUAAUAUUUAUUUAUGGUGGCUUGCGUGGAGGGGCCCUGCUAGAUGAUUUGCUUCUAGCAGAUGAUUUUGCAGCCUCAGAAACAUCUAGUGUUUAUCCUUCUUCAGGAACAUCUAGAUCUCCAUCUCCAAAUAAUGUCUCUGAUGGUACAAUUAUGAUGGAUAACCAUUUUGCACCUCUCAAUGGCCACAUGUCCAUGGAAAUUUCAGAAAAUGAAGUCGUCCAAAGGCAGAGGAGUGAAGAGUCUCUGGCCAAAGCCUCAGCUGCAGAAGCAGAAGCCAUAAGCAGAGUGUUAGAAAAAGCAAGGCAGAGCAAUGGAGAAGCUCCGGAAUCUCCUGAUCGAGAUCAAGGGACAGAUGCAAUGCCAAAUGGAGUUGAAACACCAGGAAGGCCUCGUGCAGUUUUGCCAAAUGACCUUUCACUCUCCGCAGUUAAACUUCAUCAUAGAGCGGUUUAUGUACCUGCAGAAACUGGGGGAGCCUUAGGCGGUCUUGUAAGACAACUGUCUAUUGAUCAGUUUGAAAAUGAAGGCAGGCGAGUGAGCGAUGGGACUCCUGAAAGUACUGUUGCUGCAAGAAAGUUAUUCGAUAGGCAAAUGUCUAUUUACAGUAUUCCCAAAAAGGUCUUAGCAGACUUGCUAAAGCCUCGUGGCUGGAAACCUCCAGUACGUCGUCAGUUUAUACUAGAUUGUGGGGAAAUUGCAGAGCUCUGUGAGAGUGCAGAACGAAUUUUUGCACGAGAACCAAGUGUUUUACAAAUAAAAGCACCUGUGAAGAUCUUUGGGGAUUUACAUGGCCAAUUUGGAGAUCUGAUGCGUUUGUUUGAUGAGUAUGGUUCUCCAUCAACGGCAGGAGAUAUAACAUACAUUGAUUAUCUUUUCUUGGGGGAUUAUGUCGACCGAGGACAACAUAGUCUAGAAACAAUUGCACUUUUGCUUGCCCUCAAGGUCGAGCAUCCAAACACUGUGCAUUUGAUUCGUGGAAAUCAUGAAGCUGCUGACAUUAACGCACUAUUUGGUUUCCGGAUUGAGUGCAUAGAACGAUUGGGUGAGAAAGAAGGAAUAUGGGUGUGGCAGCGCAUUAAUCAACUAUUUAAUUGGUUGCCCUUGGCAGCUGUAAUAGAACAAAAAAUCAUCUGCAUGCAUGGUGGGAUAGGCAGGUCAAUUAACCAUGUGGAGCAGAUUGAAAAAUUGCAACGCCCUAUCACUAUGGAAGCUGGAUCUGUUGUUCUUAUGGACCUACUAUGGUCUGAUCCAACAGAAAAUGAUAGUGUAGAGGGUUUGCGGCCAAAUGCUAGAGGUCCUGGUCUAGUGACCUUUGGGCCUGAUCGAGUAAUGGAUUUCUGCAAAAAUAAUGACUUGCAGCUUAUCAUACGAGCACAUGAAUGUGUCAUGGAUGGGUUUGAACGCUUUGCUCAAGGACACUUGAUUACUCUUUUUUCAGCCACCAAUUAUUGUGGAACUGCAAACAAUGCGGGUGCAAUCUUAGUUAUAGGAAGGGACCUUGUGGUGAUUCCCAAACUGAUCCAUCCUCUUCCUCCCGCCUUCACGUCAGCAGAAGGAUCUCCUGAAGGUCAUGCAGAAGAUACAUGGAUGCAGGAGCUUAAUGUUCAUAGACCGCCAACACCAACAAGAGGCCGUCCACAGGCUCAAAAUGAUCGAGGUUCUCUUGCAUGGAUCUGAUUACCCAAUUUCAUUGCUAUGUAUUAGAUUCCAGUCUGAGGCACUUGGUGGUGUGCUAAAGUUAUACAUUAGUCCUUGUAAACUAGAUAGCAUUUUUCACCGGAAAGAAGUAAGGCAUUUGCUUUGGCUGUUGCUGCACACCUGCACAAAUAUUUUCUUCCUGCCAAUUGUCUCUUCAUGGGAAGGUGUAUGAAAAACUGUUCAACACUGCUGCAGUCCUGUACCAAUGCCUCUGUUUACGCCAUUCAUCAAUGUCACUCACCUGUACAUCCUCUUGUUCUUCUAUUCUUUCUGCUUAGAAGAUAUUUGAAGAAUUGCUUAAUUUUAUUCAAUCAAGGUUUGUUAUGUGGUCCAUAGUGUAUCGUGAACUGAAUGCCACAAGAGAAUUAUCUUUAUCUCUUGUGGUUUCCGGAUUGGAGGAUCCCACUGCAAGAAAAUCAUAUUUUACCACCAAUAUGGUUUUAUGACAAGUCUUGGAGGAGUGCAGAAGUUGUACUGCGUGCAUAGUUUGAAGAACCAAUGUACAAGCAUCGGCGCGUAGCGACAUAUGCAGUUUCUCUCAGACUAUAGAAAAAUCUUUUUUGUAAAUUUAGCAAAAGCAGUCAGCAAGAGGAAUUCUUUAAUGUAUGUAUGUAAAGUUAAAUUUUGCUUAUUAAUAAUUUUCAAGAGUAGACUAUGCAAAUUAAGGUUUUCAGUUUGACAGUAUAAUUUGGCCUUAUGGUUGUUUCCCAUGAAGCCAUGUAUCAUAUGUGUGAAGCUGGACCUAGCUUUAAAUUUUUGUGUUGAGGGACACCAUUUGGUAUCAAGCUAUUAAUUAAAACUUUCCAGCAGCUGCAGCUAUUUAAGCUGCCAAUUAAGGAGGAUUUGCUUUUAUUAAUUUUAA